UGCCUCUCCCGGCACCCUCCCACCAAAAUGGCUGCUUUCGGACGCACAUUCCCCUUCUAUACUGGCCCCAAACCAACCUUCCCAAUGGACACCACCUCAGCCGUCAUCAUCAUCAUCUUUUUGACUGCACUGGUCACCUUCAUCGUCAUCCUGCCUGGCAUUCGGGGCAAGAUGAGGCUGUUCUGGCUGCUUCGGGUGGUGACCAGCUUAUUCAUCGGGGCUGUGAUCCUAGCUGUGAAUUUCAGUUCUGAGUGGUCUGUGGGCCAGGUCAACACCAACACAUCAUACAAGGCCUUCAGUUCUUCAUGGAUCAGCGCUGAUAUUGGGUUGCAGGUUGGACUGGGAGGAGUCAACAUCACGAUCACAGGGACCCCUGUGCAGCAGCUAAACGAGACCAUCAAUUACAAUGAGGAGUUCAUCUGGCGCCUGGGCGAGAACUAUGCUGAGGAGUAUGCCAAGGCACUGGAGAAGGGGCUGCCAGACCCUGUGCUCUACCUGGCCGAGAAGUUCACCCCGAGAAGCCCAUGUGGCCUGCACCGCCAGUACCGUCUGGCGGGACACUAUGCCUCAGCCACGUUGUGGGUGGCAUUCCUCUGCUGGCUGCUGACCAACGUGAUGUUCUCCAUGCCUGUGCUGGUCUAUGGUGGCCACAUGCUGCUGGCCACGGGCAUCUUCCAACUGUUGGCACUGCUCUUCUUCUCUGUGGGCACAUCGCUCACCCCACCCUGUCCCCUGCGUCUGGGCACUGCUGUGCUGCUCACUCACCAUGGGCCUGCCUUCUGGAUCACACUGAUCACAGGACUGCUGUGUGUGCUGCUGGGCCUGGCUAUGGGAGUGGCCCACAGGAUGCAGCCCCACAGGGUGAAGGCUUUCUUCAACCAGAGUGUGGAGGAGGACCACAUGCUGGACUGGAGUCCUGAGGAAGGCGGAGUCCUGAGUCCCCGCUACCGGUCCAUGGCUGACAGUCCCGAGCCCCAGGACAUUCCUCUGUCAGAGGCUGCCUCCCCCGAGCCAUGCUGUAAGGAGGAGCACUGCGGAGAGUCUGGCUGUGCUCUAUAACGUUCCUCUCCAGCAGACACCUGGACUUCCA